GUAGUCAUCAGUUCCAGAACACUGGAGAGAGGCUUAAAUUACUAACUACAGAAGAUGCAGCCGGUUAGGGUUUCUUCACACCACCAUGAACUCUCCUGAUUCUCCCAAGCCCAAACCCACCCCCUCUCCCUCCUCCCACUCUCCUCCUGUCCAAGAGUCUCCGGUAUUUAGUUUUAUUAACAAUCUGUCCCCAAUAAAGACUGUGAAGGCUACACAUAUAGCACCGGGGUUCCCUGGACUUAACUCUCCGCCUCUUGUGUUUACAUCACCGCGACUCAAUCCAUACAGUGAAACGAGUUUCCUUAAGAGGCGGUAUCAACACUCAGAAUUAUCCAGUGCAGGACUAACUGAAGAUCAUGAUGAAGGCAAGAAGUUUGCUGAUGGUCCAGUGGACCCUGUGAAGCCUUCGACACACUUGAUUACCCCUGGCACUGGAGACUGCAGGACUAAGAAAUCUGUCGAAACUUAUUCCUCUAGCUCCUCAGAGUGUGUAGAUGAGUUCUUGGCUGAUUCCGCUGAUGGGGACUGUGUGAAUUCUGAUCAAUCCGUUGAUCCAUGUUUGGAACAUUCUAGCAGUGUGCUGGAGCCAUCGAGAUAUGGCUUAUGCAAGUCCGACGAACUCACAUUAACACUUGGCAACAAAAUUGAUGAUGCAACCAACUCAAGAACAGAAGCUCAGGCACCUUGUAUGAUAUCUGAGCAGGCUCAUGAGUACAAUCUUGGAAAGGAAACAUUGAUUGCAAAGCCGAGUACAAGUGAAAAUCAAAGGAGUGAUGAAUUGCCAUUUAACAAAUGCAAAAAUAUUGAAUCUGGUUUACCUGUUGAUAAUGCAUUCAGGAGUGAAUAUCACCAAGAUUUGCAUGAUCAGGGUCUAAGAGGUGAAUCUCAGCAUGAUUAUGAUUAUAGCCCUCAAUCUCUAGCUGGAGCUUUGCAUAUUGGUCAGGUGUAUGAUGAUGAGAAUGCUGGUUCAAUUCCGAACAGACUGGUUGAAAAUGCUAUAAUGCAUGCUCCUAAGAGACGUUGCCUUAGGUUUGAAGAGGUUCCUCACGCUAGUACCGAAGGGGAUAGGUCUUUGAGUCUUUCGAAUGAGGUUAGCAAUUCAGAACCACCUACCAGCAAUGUAGAAUCUGAGAUAGUGGAAACAUCUCAUGUGAACUUAAGUGAAACUUCUACGAAGAGACAAAUGGAAACUUCAUUACCACCUCGGGGUACUGGAAAAUCUUGUUUAACUGUUUGUAAGCCAUCAGGUAUUGGCUUGCAUCUAAACAGUAUUGUCAAUGCUGCAUCAGUGGUUAGUGGUGCAAAAACCAUAAGAUUAGCAGACCGCUACACUGGUGUGCAAGUUAUGAACUCAGCAUCUAUUAGUGUAAGGCGCUGUCCCAAUUCAUUGAAUGUGGUUGAGAGAGAUUCUGUUGGUGCAGUAGAUUGGAGGAAGGAAACUGAGACUUCAGUUCCUGCAAGUUCAGCUACUACCCAGUCUCCCCACUCUGUGGAAUAUGAGCAUCAUGGGUCUAUGCAUGAGGUUAGGAUAUCUGAUUCUCGCAGUAUAGACAGUAACGAAGAGUGCGACCAAUCUAGCCCAUACAUAAAGAGGAAAAGAGCGGCAAAAACUAUUGAUAGUGAUGGCUGUAAGCGCUGCAAAUGCAAAAAGACCAAAUGCUUGAAACUUUAUUGUGAUUGUUUUUCUGCUGGAAUCUAUUGUGAUACAACUUGUGCUUGCCAAGAGUGCUUUAACAGACCCCAGUAUGAAGAUAUGGUUCUUGAGACAAGACAAAAAAUAGAAUUGCGUAACCCUCUUGCAUUUGCUCCCAAGAUUGUAGAGCAUGAAGACGAAAAACAAGUCACACCAGCCUCGGCCAGACAUAAAAGAGGGUGCAAUUGCAAAAAGUCAAUGUGUCUGAAAAAAUAUUGUGAAUGUUACCAGGCUAAUGUAGGAUGCUCCUAUGGAUGCCGGUGUGAAGGAUGUCAAAACACUUACGGAAAGAGGGGAGAGUCUGUUGAGGCGGAUUCUGGUGUGGCUGGAGAAGUGAUCACCGGAAAAGAUGGUACGGAAACAAGGGAAAGCAUAUUUGAUAAGAAGCUGCAAACUGUGGCUACAAGGAAAGAUUCAGCUCAUUCACCCAAACUCACUCCGUUGACACCAUCAUUGCAAUGGUUUGAUGAUAAACAUAACUUAUCAAAAUCCAGGGUCCUUCCGGCAAUAUGCUGUUCAUCCUCUCGAUCUGCUCUUACCAUCAUAUCACAUUACGAAAAAUCAACGAGAUCUCCUCAGAGAAACUCGGAGAAGAGUGAUAAUCAUAUGGACACAAGUCACUGCCUGUCAGGGAUUUCUCUUCAUUCGCGUAGUUCACCAGUCACUCCGAUGCAUCCAUUAGGUGAGAUGAAAUCAUUCCAGGGCUUUGACUCUGAGAAGGGGCAUCAUGAUGUUUUGCAAGAUGAUACACCUGAGAUAUUGAAGGACACUUCAAACCCCAUUAAGUCAGUGAAAGUGAGUUCCCCAAAUAAGAAGCGUGUUUCUCCUCCUCAUAGCCUCAAUCUUGAGCUUGGUACAAGCACUUCAGGGAGCUUGAGAAGUGGUCGCAAGUUCAUACUGAGGGCUGUGCCUUCUUUUCCACCUCUUACCCCUUGUAUUGGUUCAAAAGGUAGAACUAUUCAGAACAUAAGUGAUCCCCUUCAAGACAAGGAUUAAAAGAAAUAUUGGGACUACUGGAAUUCAUGAUAACCAUGGUCUUUGAUAGUUGCACUUAGGCUGAGAAAGAAGAUUUUUCCAGACAUUGGUCUGUGGUUCGAAUGUUGUCAGGUUCGAAUAUGGUGACAUCCUCAAAUGUCUGAAGUAUACAACUUUUCCUUACGUGUAUGAUUUUCACAGUUAACUACUGUACCAUGUGGCUUUGUUUCUGUAAUGGAAACAGUAUAACUGCAUCAUUAUUUGCAGUCAUUUCUUCAUGUUUUUCCUCAUGAUUAUAGUUUGCAUUUCGUUGUUAAUUUGAAUCCUC